AUGGCUCGUCGUCGUCAGGAAAUUGCUUUACAAGUAGAAAUCGAAACACAAGAAGAAUGGAAUGAAAUAAUUAAUAAAGAAGGUCUUACAGUCGUGGAUAUUUAUCAAACUUAUGGUGGUCCUUGUAAAGCAAUGGAAUCGAAAUUUCGAACGCUAAAAAAUACGGUUGGCGAUUCUACUCUAAAUUUUGCUAUUGCAAAAGCAGAUACAAUUGAUUCACUUGAAAAAUAUCGCGGACGAUGUGAACCAUGUUUUCUUUUUUAUGCAACUGGUGUUCUUGUUGAUGCUGUUAUUGGAGCAAAUGCUCCUGAAUUACAACGAAAAAUUAUGUUAAAUUUAGAACAAGAAAAAAAAAUUCUUAAAGAAGGUGGUGAACGUCGUGAAUACAGCUUUGAACACGUGAGUGUGGAUGAAGAUGAAGAAGGUGAUACAAGAACAAUUCGUAAUCGUAGUUCUUCUGUUGUUAAUGCUAUUACAAGUCAACAAUAUACUCUCGGAGUUAUUCGACCAGAUGCUUAUGCUGAUGGUAAAGUAGAUGAAAUUGUUGAUAAAAUUACACAAAAUGGAUUUAAAAUACUCGUACAACAAGAACAUCAUCUUAAUGAACAUGAUGCUCGUGAAUUACAUCGUUAUAAGAUGACUCAAGAAGGUUAUGAAGAACAUAUAGCACGCAUGACAAGUGGUCCAUCAAUUGUUCUUUUACUUCAAAAAACUGAUGCCAAAGAUUCAACUGUUGAUGAACUUCUUGAUUUAGUUAAUUCUGAUGAAUUAUUGAAAGAAAAUGUUGAUUGUACACAAUCAAUGGAUAAUAUUCACGAGGAACUUACAUUACUCUUACCAAAUAUUGUCCAAAGACCACGUACACCAGAAGGAAAUCUUGAACGAACAUUAGCUAUUAUUCGGCCAAGUGCUUUGAAAUUCUAUAAAGAUGCUAUUGUUAGUCGAAUACGUGAUAGCGGUUUUGAAGUUACUCGUACAACAGAAAUUCAAUUAACACGACCACAAGCAGAAGAAUUUUAUGCUGCGAAAAAGAAUGAAUCAUUUUAUGAAGAUCUUAUUCAAGAAAUGACAAGUGGACCGUCAGUAGCAUUAUAUUUAAUUAAGAAAGAUGCUGUUCAAGGUUUUCGUGCUUUACUUGGUCCAGCUGAUAAAAGUAAAAUUAAAGAAGCAAGUGGAACUUUUCGACAUGAAUUUGAUAUUGUUGAUGCUAAAAUUAAUUCAUUACAUGCACCAAGUACACGUGCUGAAGCUAAUCGUAAUUUACGGUUCUUCUUUCCUGAAGAACGUAUAUUGGCUAUUCUUAAACCUAAUCUAACUGAUCAACAAAAAUCGGAAAUUGUAGAAACAUUUAAAAAAGCUGAUUUCUUUGUUUUGGCACGUAAAACAGAAAUCUUAACACCCGAACAAGUAGCUCAACUUCAACCAUCACAUCAAGGCAAAGAUUAUUAUAAUGAAUUAUCAAGUUAUAUGACUAGUGGUCCAUCUGAAUUGUUAGUAUUAGCAAAAGAAAAUGCUGGUCAAAAGUGGCAAGAAUUAGUUGGACCAGACGAUCCAGCUAAAGCAACAGAAUCAGCACCAAAUAGUCUCCGUGCUCUUUAUGGCAAAGAUCUUGUUCAUAAUGCUGUUACUGUUUCUAUAGAUGUUGAACAAGCCAAACAUGAUAUUCAAUUAAUAUUCGGAGAUUUAGAUCGAGAAGAAGGUAAGAAUAUUUAUUUUAUUAUUAUAUAG